CUCCAGUGCCAGUGCCAGUGCAGCGGACCAUUUGUACGAACAUGUGAAGUGAACCGCCGCCUUUCAGGUCUUCCGUCCACGAUAAGCAAAGCACCUGUGGCUUCCUUCUGCGUGUAGAUGUGCCUUAACGAGCAACCAUGUUGACCACCCGAGCGUACAGAAUACUGACCUACCUGUUCGGUAGCAUCAACAUAUUUUUCGUACUUGUCAUAUUGAGCCAAGGAGCAGAGCAGCUACUGAUUGAUUGGCGAGCCGCACUGUACCAGAUCGUGGCACCAUGUGCCUUAAACAUCCUGUUCGCCAUGUUCUGGAUGAUCGGUGCCGGGCUUUGGCGGCCUACGCUGAUCGCUCUGUUCAAGUACUUCACCUACGUACAGAUGCUGCUGCUCGCGGCCAUCAUCCUCUUCUCGGCCUACUAUAGCCACGUGGAGGGUCUCUCGUCAAAUCUGCUCACGGUUAUGUCACUGCUGACGUCACUGUUCUUUCUCUCGCUGAUGGAGGUCCUGAUUGCGAUUGGUACCGAGCGAGCGAUCGCCAAAGAACGGGAUGCUUAUCGGCUGACGCACAUCGAGAUGGCUGACUGGAGCCACUCGUAGGCCACACUACGCACGAUUGCCUUUAACUUUGUUAGAUCGGAAGCCAAACAAAUUGUUGCAAAAAUAAGACAUAGAUUGUUAGAACGAUAAGUAAGCUUUGAGAAAGCAUUUUUGGUGGCCUUUGAAGCUAUGCUACGCUUCGCAUAAACUGCCUUCGCUAUAAACGCCUUCCUCGCUACGCUGUGGCGCCUUCAUUUACUCAUUUACCUCAACGUAUGUGUCCUACAAAAAAUGAUAUUAAACCACGAACGCAGGGAGAGCACCAUCUGGCACGACGCUGGCACUGUUUCUCGUGUAACACGAUGCAGCCUCGCUACUUGCAGAGACCUGCUCGAUAGAUGAUACGAUUGUACAAUAAAUAUAUAUAUAUUUACAGC